AUGCGUUCGUUUUCCACUCAUGUUGCAUUUGUAAUUAUCCUGGAUUUUGAGACAACUUCCGAAGGAGAAACUCACGACUAUCCAUUCGAAGUUAUCCAAUUCAGUGUGGUACCAUAUGAUGUGAAAGCGAAAACUAUUCUCGAAGGACAUGCGUUCAACAAAUUUGUUCGGCCGGUUGUCAAUCCAGUUCUUUCAAAGCACUGCACUGAGUUCACAGGAAUCAAGCAAGAGUCUCUCAAUGCUGCUGACACAUUCCUUGUUGUCUACAAGCAGUUUUUGAAGUGGCUCCAGAAAAAUGGAUUCCAAGAGAGACAUUUUGCAAUUGUCUCGGACAGCCGUCAGGAUAUGUGGAGAAUUGCUCAGUACCAAUUCCGAUUGGUUCAGGAAACAAUGCCAUCAAUGUUCCGUCAGUGGAUAAAUAUCAAAAGGACUUUCGAUGACGGUCUCGAAGAUGGGCAGAAAAACAAACUUGUUGGAAGGAGUAACAUGGAAAAAAUGCUGAAUUAUUUGGGAAUCGAAUUCUCGGGAAGAGCUCAUGAUGCGUUGUCCGACUGCCUUACUCUUGCCGCUAUCACUCAGAAAAUUCUCGAAAUGGGUUGCCCUGUCACAAUCAACGAGAUGGUUUGCUGUUCAGCUAUUUGGCGCAAGCAGCCCAUGAACAUGAGACAAUACGCCAACUGGAGAACGGAUUUUCAAUCUGCAACCAAAAUCUACGAGCGAGUCCUUCCGUUGACAAUCAAAGUGAUUCGCAGCUAUUCCGCCAGUAUGUAUGGUGUCUGCCCGUACUGCAAGAAGCCACCAACCGUUUGUGGAGCUGUCCACAAGCAACCACCAAGAGAGUUCUACGCCAGUCUCACUGAACCGUGUGUUUUUGCCAAAAGUGCUGGACAUUAUUGA